AUGCCAGCUUACCAUAGUUCAUUCAAGGAUACCAAAACUGAAGUUGUUUGCGGUACAGCCUUUCUUCCUCUCAAGACCAAAGUCAAGGGACCAGCACCAAAGGAACUCGAUGAUAAGAAGGAAGAUAUUAUUGAUGAAGUUUUGAAGUAUUUCAAGGCAAACAUGUUGUUUAGAACAUUCCAAGUGGAGAGUCCUGCUGAUCGUACUCUCAUCUAUCUCACAUUGUACACACACUACCUUUUGAAAAACAUUGAAAACAAAAAGACAACAAAGAAGGUGGAUGCCGAUAAACUCUUCUUCCAAUUGUGUGAAACAGACCUUCCAGGUCCUGGAGACUCAUCCUUCGAACUUACUGCUUUCUAUGAAAAGCCAAGAGACAACGAAGAUAAGAAGAAGUGGCAAGCUUACAUGAGACAAGCAAAGGAAGAAUUAGGUUUGCGUUUGGCUGCUUUAUUGUUCACAGAUAAUGCAGGUCCUGAUAAGUAUUGGAUGCAAUUUAGCAAACGUAGAUUCCUCGGAAAGACCUUUAUCAACUAA